CACAUAGAAUACUUUGAGCAGAAGAAGAGUUAGUUAAUUAAUUAAUGGCGCCUAUGGAAGUUGUGGAUGUUCUUCACAUGAAUGGAGGAAUUGGCGAGAAUAGUUAUGGAAGCAACUCCUUGCUCCAGAAAAAGGUGAUACUUAAAACAAGGCCAAUAACAGAAGGAGCCAUCACAGAUCUCUAUAGCAGCAUCACUCCCAAAACCAUUUGUAUUGCUGAUUUCGGCUGUUCUUCUGGACCAAACACUUUUCUUGCCAUUUCUGAGCUAAUCAGAUCGGUUGACAACAAACGCAAAAGUUUAGGCCAUAAAUCUCCAGAAUACCAAAUAUUUUUGAAUGAUCUACCUUGUAAUGAUUUUAAUACCAUUUUCAAGUCCGUUGCUGGCUUUCAAGAAAAUCUAACAAAUCAAAUGGAGAUGGGAUUUGGACCAUGUUUUGUCACAGGAGUUCCUGGUUCGUUUUAUGGAAGGCUCUUCCCAUCCGAAAGUCUUCAUUUCAUUCACUCUUCUUAUAGUCUUCAAUGGCUAUCGCAGGUACCUGAAAUGGAAGAAACUAAUAAAGGAAACAUUUACAUGGCAAGUUCAAGCCCUCCAAGUGUGAUAAAGGCAUAUUUGAAGCAAUUUCAAGAUGACUUUUCGUCUUUUCUGAGCUAUCGAGCCAAGGAAUUGGUAACUUGUGGUCGUAUGGUUCUCACGAUUUUGGGAAGGAAAAAUGAAGAUCCUUUUAGCAAAGAUGGCUGCUACAUUUGGGAGCUUUUAGCCGUGGUCCUCAGGGAUAUGGUUUCAGAGGGUAUUAUUAAAGAAGAAAAACUAGAUUCGUUCAACAUUCCUCAAUACCCACCAUCCCCUACGGAAGUGAGAUUUCUAGUUGAGUUCCAAGGAUCCUUCAAGAUUGAUCAUCUUGAGGCUUCUGAAAUCCAUUGGAAUGCAUAUGAAGAUGACUUUCUGAAUAAUGAUGAAUUCAAAGAUGGUGCAUACAAUGUGGCAAGGUGCAUGAGAGCUGUGGCUGAGCCAAUGCUUGUUAGUCACUUUGGUGAAGAAAUAAUUGAGGAGGUUUUUUCGAGGUACAAGGAAAUUCUAAGCAACCGCAUGUCCAAAGAGGAGAAGACACAUUUCAUUAAUGUCACUGUUUCUAUGACCAAAAAGGAUUUCAUUUGAUUAUCUGUACUGUUAUAAUUUCCUAAAUAAUUAAAAUUGUAAUGUCAUAUUGGAUUGUUGCUAAAUUUAUAGUAUCAAUUGCUGUGGAAGCUAGCUAGGGAAAGAUCUUGUGAAUGAAUGGUGUGAAAAAAUCCACCCAUUUCGUUUUUUAUGCAAUAUAUAUGAAUGUUUAUGUUUCUUUUUAUCAAGGC